UCAUAAAGCUUGGUGGCGUUAGGUUGUAAAGGAAGACGGCGACAUAAUGAGUGAACACCAUAUUUUAGUACUUUGCUUCACAAUUUGUUUCAUCUUCUUUUCGAAUGGACAAUUGGCAUCUCUAAAUAAUGGAUUUCCAUCCAAUGACGAUCCUUCUAUGAAAAACUUGAAAUUAAAUCUGUUCAGCAAUCCCUUUGGCGAAAAAGAUGUUGAAAAGAACAGAGGAGCAGUGCCAAUGAUACCAGAUACAAAGACACCUGUGGAAAGACCAGAUUCUGGCAUAGGCCCACAGACUGCGGAUCAAAAUGGCGUUCGUCGAAAAUUUGGCUCGAGGCAGUCUUGGAGAUCAAAGUAUACUAAGACAAGACAAAUUUCGCCACUUGUAAGCAAUCAAAAUCGGAUCGGCCAACCCGGGUUAGUUUCCAAUGGCGUUGCUAAUCCAUAUUUGCAGCAAAAACCAGUGACACAGACAAUGGAAGAGAAACCAAAACCAUACGUUCAGCCACCGCCCCAAAAUCCUUAUGUUAACCCAAUUCCAGUUGUUCAGGACAUCGGCCAUACUGGUGGAGGAAUACCAGCUGUUCCACCCAUCCCUGCGACGACAAACAAUGAGGACGCGAUAGCUGAGGAAUAUGAAUUUGGAGGGGAGAGUUUUUUGGUGCCAUGUCAAUGGGCUGGUUGCAUUGGAGAUUUCCGUUGCAUGAGAUUCGAAAAUGGCCGUGCCAUCGUUUGCAGUGAAAAUUCAAUGGAGUUUUGUCAGUGCAUGAAAAAGAAAGGUAAAGGUAAUGCGGUCGGGCCUCCAAUAUCCGUACCCGGAUCGAGCAUACCGGUACCGGAAGUACCUAAACUGGAAGUGACAACUAGCGACGGGUUAUCUUCCGUUCCGCAUGACAUGGAAAUCGGAGGAGAAAAAUUGCCCGGAUUUCCAUGUCAAAUGGGCGGUUGCAUAGAACCUUAUACCUGCAUGACAAUCAAAAUAGGCAAACUGGCGUCUUGCCAAAACAUAGCAGAGACAUGCCAGUGCAUGAAAAAAAAAGAUAGUGGUAGUCCCGACUCUAUGCUGCCGCCAGCUACAGAAGUUCCUCUCGUCUUGACAACCGAUUCGGUCAUUCCUUGCCAGUUCUGGGGCUGUGAAAGUGGAUUCGAGUGUUUACUGAUGGUGAAUGGUAAAAAACGGAGCUGUCCCACGAACAGUAAUGCCGUCUGCCAAUGUGUUCGCCAUGUCGUUGGCUGAGCUUAUCUGGUCAAAGACAACAACCAAAGCGAGAAAAGUUGUGUUGUUUUUUCAAAUAAAAUAUAUU